GACGGGCCACCCUGCCUCCGCCUUGGACCCGCGUGCCCUUGGCGUCCGUGGGGCCGCAGCUCGUUCCUUUUGCCAUCCGCGACGCCCCGAGCGGCCCGAGGGGUGGACGGCGGUCACGGGUGCCCCAGAGCCCCGGGGUCGGGGCCCUGCCCCGGGGUCGGGGCGUCGCUGGCCGUCCUGCCGAGGAAGCACCAGGCUGGUUGAAAUCCCGUUCUGGGGCCCGCUGCUGUGACGGCCGCCGCCGCACUGACCCAAGGGCACACGUGGACACGUGUGGACUGUCACUAACUCCGGCACGAUUCCGGUCACACGCAGGGCGCACAUCCAGACUGAGGAGGUGCAGUUUCUCCAUAGCAAAGUUCCUGAUUAUACCGCCGCCUUGUUCCAGGCACUGCCUGGUGCCCUCGCUAAUAAUUACUGCAGUGGGUACGGCUGCAGUGCUAUCAAAAUAACGCUGUUAUUAUUUUAUUGUUUGAGAACUGGCCAGAAGUGCUGAGAUGAGCUCAGAGGCACAGGCAGUGUCUAGGUUUCGCACCCCGGAGCCAGUCUUUGGAGUUGUUGCUCCUGAGAUCAUUGAAGAUACUUUAAUCUGUUUAGCUACAGAAAAUGAACAAUAUCUGAAUGAGCUGUCGGAUCAGGCAGGAUGCUUCAAAGAGACCCAGAUAGUGGAAUUUGUAUUUCUUUUGUGUGAAAAAUGGUUCCUGGACCAAUCUGCACAAUAUCAAGCAGUUGAAAUAUUUGAAAGGUUUAUGAUUAAGCAUGUAGAAGAGAGCUAUAACUCUACCGAAGAGUCAAGGAUAAACAAUGAACAAGGAGAGGGCAACAUCUGGGGCGCUUUGAAAGCACAGAUGUGUGACACAUUUGUGCUGCGGCUUGUGUCUUGCAUUCAGCUUGCAAGCAAACUUUCUUUUCACUACAAUAUAAUUAACAAUAACACAGUUCUGAAAUUUCUGCAGUCCUUAGACUAUUCAUACACAAAACAGAACUUGGUGGAGUCAGAACUUGCCAUUCUGAAGGCUCUACGCUUCCAGAUCAAUGUGCCAACUCCUUUUGCCUAUGUUGAGUUGCUUCUGGAGGUGUUAGGACAUAAUGGCUGCUUACUUCCUAUGAAACAGUUGCAUAAGAUGUGCAUGCACCUAUUGGAUUUAACUUAUCUCAUGCGGAACAUCAUUUAUGAUACUUUAUUAAAGAUUUCUAUUGAGAAUUCAACACCAAGUGAACUCCAGAUAGCAAAAUUUUUGUCAGUAAAGGAAGAUUUCAUGCUCUUGGCAGUUGGAGUCAUCAGCACAAGCGCUUUCAUACUAAAUCCUGAAUACUGGAAUCAGGUUGUGGAACAUUUAAAUUGCAUCACUGGCAUUACCACACAAAGCAUUUUAGAGUUUUCAUAUGCAAUACUGAAGCACAGUGUUGGCACCACUAAUCCAAGGAAGAACAAAGGAACUAGAUCUUCAGAGAACUAUGUUGUACCUCCUACAAAAUAAACUUGGCUUUUCCAUUGCAA